CCGCAAAGUCACGAUAUCUACCUCAGCAUCCUCUGUCUCUCUUGCACAUCUCUUUUUAAAAGAUUCCCCCAUAGCACAAUUGGCACCGUGCCUCUCGGUCCAAGCUGAUUGCCCACCAUGAACGCCCUCUCGGAAUAUCUGAUGUCCGACGCCCUCAUCAACCCCAUUCUCGAUGGCGGUUACCUCCCCCACCCACUCAUCCGCCUAGGCAUCCGGCGCCAACUUGCGUCCCGUCUGUCGGAAAUCGCAACGCAUUCCCUGAGCGAAGCAUAUGACUCUAAAAUGAGCUAUGUCAAGCUGCUUCGGGAAAGGCCCAUUGCGAUUGAGACGAAGAAGGCGAAUGAGCAGCAUUAUGAGGUCGGAACGGGCGUACUGAAGGGUAUGUUGGGCCCGCGGAUGAAGUAUAGCUCGUGUUUGUAUGAGACUGGGAAGGAAACGUUGGGGGAGGCGGAAGUCAAAAUGUUGGAAGUUUAUGUGGAGCGAGCGGAAUUGAAGGAUGGGAUGAGGAUAUUGGAUUUGGGUUGCGGCUGGGGUUCUGCAUCUCUCUUUUUCGCAGAGCGCUUUCCUAACUCGCAAGUAACCGGAUUUUCCAACUCACGGACGCAGAAAGAGUACAUUGACGGUGUGGCGAAGUCAAAAGGCUUCACUAAUCUCACUGUCAUCACUGGAGAUGUCGUAGACUACGAAUUCGAGGCCGAGAGCUUCGACCGCGUAGUCUCGAUUGAACUUUUUGAGCACAUGAAGAAUUACCAAUUGCUCUUGGAGAAGGUCUCGAGAGCACUAAAACCCGGUGGCAAGCUUUUCCUGCACAUUUUCUGCCAUAAAGACACUCCAUACGACUUUGAAGGCGGCUGGAUGAGCGAGUUUUUCUUCACCGGUGGAACCAUGCCGUCAGCAGACCUCUUGCUGUACUUCCAGUCCAAUCUCUCAGUACAACGACAGUGGUGGGUAAAUGGACAGCACUACGCCCAGACCUGCGAAGACUGGCUCAAGACUAUGCUUCGCAACAAAGACAGCAUAUGGCCCGCUCUCGUGGAAACAUAUGGCGCAAAAGAUGUCGUGACGUGGUGGAACCGGUGGCAGAUCUUCUACCUGGCGUGUGCGGAGUUGUUCAAGUGGGAAGGUGGCGAUACGUGGGGUGUCACGCAUCUGCUGUUCGAGAAGAAGGCAUAGUCGGUGCCUCUGCGGUGGUGUAGUAUAACCUUAUACACUUCUAAUCUCGCUAGACAUGCGAUCAGCUUUGAUGGUUC